AUGUCUUUGGAAUACGCUCCUUAUCAGCCGACCACUCCACCGGGUGUUCCUCUUCAGGUUCACAUUGGAUCAGCGCACAGUCGUAAUGCGUCUGGCUCAUCUGUCUACUCCAAUGAUUCAUCUCCAUGGUCGACAAUGACGGGCAGCACCAGCCCAACCACGUCGCCAACUCGGCAUCACCAUGGCCCAGCUCUGCUCCCUAAGAUCCGCCCUCAAGAUAUUGUCAUUGAGCCCGUCUCUGCUGGUGGGCCAUUGCGCCAUCGACGUGUCUUGUCAAAUACUCGCAAUCCACCAGGCUUCGUGCCUUACCCCAGCCGGCCACCUCUGCAGCGCAACAGAGAAGAUGCAUCAGACCGGCUUGCCUUAGCAUCUCCAAUUUCGCCCAUUGUCACUAACGGCCAUGGGAGCUCCUCGGCCUUGUCUUCUCCAGUGACCAUGAAUCCUUCUCACAGGCGCAGAGCUGGUGGAGGCCACUCUAGGUCAGUGUCGACUUCGGGCAUUGAUGAAGCCACUCUCAACCGGUAUGGAUAUCCCACCUACCGACACCUCCCCAAGUAUGUACCGACAAUGCAGGCGCAAACUAUGCCAAACACUCCGGCUACACCAGUGACCCCAAUCACUCCAAACAUUGUUAUUCAUCCGUCCUAUUCCCAACGACAGACAGCAAAGGUGCCGCAACCAUCACCAGUACAACCUCCACACCCAUUGACAUUACGAUCACCUCAGUACGACUAUCAUCAGACUUCUGAAGCUCAGCAAUCUCCGGUUGCCUUGUUGAGUCCCCAGGAAGACUUGACUCCUCCUUCUACCAAUCUACUGUCUUACCUGACCUCCCCAACGCAAGCUAUCAACCUUGUCCGUAACGUGAGCGUAGUCCCCACCCGGGGCAUGCACGACUAUUUCUGGUGGGAUAUUCGCAAUUUGCGAAGUUGGACAUCCUUCUCGAUCCCAACAUUCGACUCCAUUCACGGCCUCACUCAGCUGCUCAAAACAGAGAUCUCGAGCUCUCUCGUCCCCCCAGUCAGCGUUGUCCCUGGACGUCUCGCGCCCGAAUCCGAGCCUGCCCUAGUCAGCCUCAUCAGGGAUCUCUAUGCUCCGCGCGUCAACGCUGCGCUAGCCGUCUCUCAAGGCACUGAGCACCUCCAACUCUACGCCGCACCAGACAUGCGACACACUGGCCACAAGAACCACGGCCACCCUCAUUUCCUGGCCAAUUACGCCUCGGACUCUGAGCGCACAAGCGCCGGUCUCCCUCGCGGUCGCCUCGUCGGCAUCGUCAAGAGCUUCGACCGAUGGAACUCCGGUAUGCGCAAUGAAGCUCCGCACCGACGCGUCGAGUACCUCAACGGACUCGCACACCUGCAGCGCUGCAUGCGCGAACACUCCUGCCGCUACGGCUUCAUUAUCACCGAAAUCGAACUAGUCUGCGUACGAGCAGGCUGCGACACCGGCGACGACGUCCCCUACUUCGGCUUCCUAGAAAUCGCCGCACCAAUUCCCCUCAUGACAGCCGCGACCCAACCGCACACAAUCCAUCACGAAGCCCCACCCCUCGCAACCCCCAUCAGCGCGCGCUCAUUCUCAUCCUCAUCACACGGAUCCUCAUCACAUUCGCGCCAGGACUCACCAGCACCAGAGGGAAAUGAAGGAAGCUUCACAGCCCCGAUGACGGCAAGCAUGGCGCUUUACUUCCUCCUCAUGCUCUCAAAAUCCGUACCCUUGCCUUACCAGCCAUCCGCGCACCUCAACGUCGGUGGGCCGGGCGCACUCACGCGACAACGGAUCUUGCCUGAGCCAAAAGAUAAAUGGAUUCCUGAGCCGCAGAUUGGUGAGCGUCGGGAUGCGAAGCGUGUGCGUGGUUGGGUUUGGCCGGGGGACGCGUGGCAUCGGAGGGAAGGGGGUGGUGUACCCAGGACGAGGGGUGGGGAUGGGAAGACGAAGAAAUGGCAUAAAUGA